CGGCCAGGAUGUCUCGCCUGCCUCAAACGUCAGUCCGAGUGUCGCUAUUCCGAGGUAGCAAACCUAAUAGCUUCUGCCGAUUCCAGGCGAAGCGUCGAUCGAUCGCACUCUGCUAAAGCAAAGAAGCAGAAAGAAACAUCUAUCACGGAGAGCGAAAAUGGCAGUCUAUCCCAAAAGAUGCCAACAUCAAGAUCACAGGACCGAAGUAUGUCGCUUACAUCAACGGCCUCAUCUUCUGUCUUGCUAUCAAAGAUCCCGAAUUCUACUCAAAGCUCGUCCAUGUUUUUUGGAUUGGGCUCACAGCAUCCUUUCACCAAUUACUGGACCAGCCAGGGCGGCUUACCCGAAGUCGUCGGAGUCCUACCAAGCAAGGACCAAGCGGAUAUCCUCGUGGCCAAGUACUUCGAUGCCGUCGAUCCAGUGUAUCCCAUGAUACACAAACGGAACUUCCACAUCGAGUAUGAGCGUUUCUGGUCCUUGUCUCUCCAAGAUAAGCAGAUAGCCGAACCGAGUCUGCUCGCCCUGCAUUUCAUUAUAUAUGCUCUGGCAACGCAAUUCAUCCAAACACCAUCAAACCAGGAACGAACCCAGAUUGCCGAGUUCUACGUGUCAGCAGCUCAACAAGCGCUACGAUUGUCUUCUUAUCUGAGCCGGACAUCAGUGAGGGCCAUCCAAGCCAUGGUACUCGUCUGCUAUUUCCUCAUGAACGAUAAUCACGCUUCGGAUGCUUGGGGCUUCGGCGGUGUCUUGACUCGCCAAGCAUAUGCCAUGGGUCUAAACCGAGAUCCAGAUAUCGUGUGCCCCCGGUGCUCGUUGAGCGAAAGACAGCAGAAACGAAAGGUCUGGCAGGCGGUCCUAUUCCAAGACACGUUCCUAACCGUGCUUCUCAAAUUACCCCCAACGACGACGUUCUCGGAUGUCCGAGUGGAAUUACUGACCGACGACCUCGAUGAGAACGUCGGAGCUGGACUAACCUCAAACGGCGGCCAUGAACCUGUUAUAAACCCUAUGAGCAUCGACAACAUCGCGCCAAUGUCAGAUCCACAUCCGCCAUACGAGCUAGCAGACCGGCAGUACAUUCGUUCCAUGUGGCAUCUCGCCAAUCUCGUGCAGCGAACGUUAUGUACUCCGCGAUCUCUCAACCGCCCGUUAACCAGCUCUCCGGAAGACAAGAUAAACCUCAUCAAAACCUACAGCGAGGUGCACGAUAGUUUCCCUUCCACGUUAAAAGCAUCCGAUUAUGGCAUGGUAUCUGGCCUUGCGAGCAGCAACCCUCGCGUGUUGCGCCAAUCAAUGUUUUUCCGCUCGAACUACUGGCACUGCGUCAUGAUCAUCCAAGCCGAUGUCAACGACGCUGAAGGCGUUUCCUGUAAUGUGCAAGGUGCUCUUGAAGCCGCACGAAUGGCCUUGGCGUCCUUUUUUGACUUCUGGGAAUUCUUGCGAGUCGACGCGGGGGUUUGGUGGGUUUUUCAGCACCGAGCUUUCGAGGAAGCAGUAGGACAUCCAGACGCGAUGUGUGUCGAACAAUAGCUAAUGCUUCAUGUAGCUACUCAUGGCCCGUAUUCUUUCCGCCCAGAACGAGCCGCUCUCGCCGAACCAAUUCGCUGUGCCGCCUAGCUCGGACCCUCUGUUCAUGCUCGCAAAACUGGA